AAACAUGAUGUUUAGAUAUCAUUUCAGUUAAAAGUACCGUACGUAGCUUUUUCGUUCAGAAAUAUGAUACAGAUUAAAUUAAAUGUGAAAACAAUAUUGAUGACUGGCGAGAUCAAUCAAUAUCGCGUGAAUCAUGAGUGACUAUUAUUAUUUUGAUGUCAAACUAAAGCUCCGCAACCCCGAGGCUAUUAUUUUCACACCCAUCUUCUUUCGUAGCUGUGUUCUAAACGCUCUAGAGAGUUUCUUCGGCGAUCUGGGAGGCAAGACCAACAUGGACAUUGUUAAAUUUUGUGACAAGCAGCAGCGCAUUGUUUUCCGUGUGCCCGAAGAGUUCUUUGAGCGGACCCGAACCGCACUGUCGUUGAUAGGCCACUACCAGGAAGUACCUUGCCACUUUCAAGUGAUAGGCACCUCUAAGACAGCUCUAGACUUCGACAAGGAUAUUUCCGAAAAAGCAGCUCGGAGAUGUUGAAAGUAAGCCAACGUCCUGUACUCCAGCUUCUGAUCAACGAUCUGACAGACACUUCCAAUUAAAAUGUAUAGUUCCCACAGUUUCGGCAUGUUAAAUCGGUUACAUUAAACAUUCACCAUUAGAUUUGAAUUAUUUUAAAAUUAA